GUUAUGCAUUAGAUCCCUCUAUAGAUAACCCUGAAGUUGCUACCAAAUAUAUUGGCUCUGUAGAAGAAGCUGAAAAAAAUCAAGGUUUAACAGUGUUUGAAACAGGACAAAGGAAAAUUGAAAAAAGGAAGAAAUUCAAGGAGAAUGAUGCCUCUAAUAUUGAUGGUUUUCUGGGACCAUGGGCAAAGUAUAUUGAUGAAAAAGAAGUAGCCAAACCAUCAGAAGAAGAACAGAAAGAGUUGGAUGAAAUAACAGCUAAGAGGCAGAAGAGAGGAAAACUAGAAGAUGAUAAACCUGGAGAGGAGAAGACUAUAUUACAUGUCAAGGAAAUGUACGACUAUCAGGGGAGAUCUUAUCUUCAUGUCCCUCAAGAUGUUGGAGUUAAUCUCCGUUCUACAGUGCCACCUGAGAAGUGCUAUCUUCCAAAGAAACAAAUCCAUGUGUGGUCUGGACAUACAAAGGGUGUCAGUGCAGUUAGAUUGUUUCCUCUCUCUGGGCAUAUACUGUUGUCUUGCUCUAUGGAUUGCAAAAUUAAGCUAUGGGAAGUAUAUGGAGAUCGAAGAUGUCUAAGAACAUUUAUUGGACAUAGUAAAGCUGUUCGAGACAUCUGUUUUAAUAAUGCUGGCACUCGGUUUCUUAGUGCUGCAUAUGACCGCUAUCUUAAACUCUGGGAUACUGAAACAGGGCAAUGUAUUUCAAGAUUCACAAACAGGAAGGUUCCUUAUUGUGUCAAGUUCAAUCCUGACGAAGAUAAACAAAAUCUCUUUGUUGCAGGAAUGUCGGAUAAGAAAAUUGUGCAGUGGGAUAUUCGAAGUGGUGAGAUUGUGCAGGAAUAUGAUAGGCAUUUGGGAGCUGUCAACACCAUUGUGUUUGUGGAUGAAAAUAGAAGGUUUGUGAGUACAUCUGAUGACAAGAGUUUAAGAGUCUGGGAAUGGGACAUUCCUGUAGACUUCAAGUACAUAGCUGAGCCAAGUAUGCAUUCGAUGCCAGCCGUGACUUUGUCUCCAAAUGGGAAGUGGUUGGCUUGCCAGUCCAUGGAUAACCAAAUUCUGAUUUUUGGAGCUCAGAACAGAUUCAGAUUAAACAAAAAGAAAAUUUUCAAAGGUCACAUGGUAGCUGGCUACGCUUGUCAAGUGGAUUUUUCACCUGACAUGAGCUAUGUGAUAUCUGGAGAUGCAGAUGGAAAACUUAACAUCUGGGACUGGAAGACAACAAAACUCUACAGCAGAUUAAAAGCACAUGAUAAAGUCUGUAUUGGUGCAGUGUGGCAUCCACACGAAACAUCUAAAGUCAUUACAUGCGGCUGGGAUGGUCUUAUUAAACUAUGGGACUAAAGAGGAUGCUAUGAAGAUCUAAAGAUGUAAGUCCUGCAUACAUCUGAGAGUAGAGUGAAUUCUGCUGUAAGGAUGGGUAGACAUUUGUAAUACCACAGUUCUCAGCUAGCUGUAUAUAUGCACUAAUGAAUGGGAAAUCUUCAGAAGACACAACUGAAAGGAUAUAGUUUUAAAUACGACCUCUUGAGUAUGAGAAGCUGAGGUCAUCUGAAGCAUGCGGAAUCAAGUGUUAGUUUGUCAUGUCACUGUUUGUGCAAAACACUCUUGUAAAAUAAAAUAAUUUUAAGAAAAAUUA